CCGCCCGCCGCUUGAUCUGCUUGCUCGACCACAACACCACAACACCCAGACGCGACCAUGUCGGCCGAACUAAACAGCCUGUUACUGUCGUUUCAGCCAGACAGUCCCGAGGUCGAGAAGAGGCGCGACUACGACGCCAAAGCCCGCAGCUUUGUGGCGCAAUUGUCCAACGUCUCAGCACCACAUUGGUUGAAGGGCGCGGAUACAGAACAGGAUGUGCUUGUAAUUCUCAACCCCGCCGUAAACUCAAUAGCGUACGCCUUUGCUCUCCGGAACCGCAUCGCCGCCCUGGUUGAGAAGAAGAACGCAUCCGAGACGCUGCAGCCCGGCGGCACGCUAUGGAACCAGCUGGUGUUGUUCUUGGAGACUGCCGAUCCUAUACAGCUGCGCUAUGUCGGGAAAGAGUGGAAGAACCUGGUGGAAUACACAGAGGAGAUUGCACGCGGGUGUGGAUCACCGAGCCUCGCUAUUGCGCCAAUGCGGUCGGCUAUGACUCGGCUUGAUCCUACGACGGGCACUUUUACCUCAGUCCAUGUCAGCUUCAUCCACCUGUGUCUGGAGACGCGAUCGUACGCCGCCGCCGAACCCAUCCUGGACAACUACAUCCACACGCUUCCCGCCAAGAUUCCAAGUGCAGUUCGCGAGGGACUGGAGUACUCUGUGCCAUGUGCAGAUGUUGCGAGCAGCGGCGAGUACAUUCACCAGAACUCUGGCCACACGGAUAGGGUAGGGCUGGCCGAUAUUCAAGAGUACUAUGUUUUGGGGGCCAUGGCGUAUCUGGGCCUACGUCAGUUCAAGAAGGCGAAACACUUUGUCGAGCACGUGCUGGUUGUUCCGUCGGCCAACACAGCCAACGGUCUCAUGCUGGAGGCUUACAAAAAGUGGGUUCUGCUGAGCUGUUUAGUCGGGGGAAAGAUGGGGAAUAUACCACGGACGGCGAAUGCGACAGCGAUGAAGAAUAUCAAGGCGGCAUGCAAGGCGUACGAGGCGUUGGCAGAGGCGUACGAAGAGCUGGACAACAUGUCCAAGUUGAAGGCACAGGCGCAAGCUGGCACCGAGAUUUGGGCAGAGGACGGCAACGCGGGACUGGUUAGCGAGCUCAUCAACAGCCAGACGAGGGCCUAUGUUUCGCGGCUGUCGCGAACGUACUCGGCGAUGCCAGUCUCUAACAUUGCCUCACACCUGGGGGUCACGAGGGACGAAAUGGCACGAUAUAUCGAGGGCUUGAUCAAGGAUGGGCAGCUUAACGCGCGGUUGGAGGAGAAGGACAAGUCAGGCGGAGGGAUGGUGCUGCGUUUCUACCUGGACCCCAGGCAGGGGCCUCUGGGCAAGAGCGAGAAGCAGCAGCAACAGGCGUUGUUUGGGCAAACGCUUCGAACGAACCGGCUGGCGGAGCAGGUCAAGGAUGCAGACUACCGCAUGACGCUGACCAAGGAGUACAUUGAGAACCAGAAACGGCUGAACAAGCGGCAGGGUAAUAAUGGUGAUGCUAUGGACAUGGCAUGGGACGACAGCUUGGAUGCCGACGAGGAUAUCAUGGGAGAUUUGCAUUGAGGGCGGUAGCAUACAUGGCUCGAGGCAGGUCAGCAGGUAAUGAAUGAAUGGGGCGAAUGAAUGAACGAAUGAAUUGAGGACUUGGCGAGUGUAGAAAGUCGAGGCGGCAAGUGUUAGCGUAGGCGGGUGUUUGGCAGGACUAGGUGUAUGUAGUGUGGAGGGGGAGUAGGCAGGGGCAUGGGGCAUGGGGGUGGGAAUAACGGUGGUGCAUAAAAGAGCUUGUGGUGGUGGGUAAGGAUAUAGGUAGGGAUGGCCAUGGAAGAA